UGGAUUUUAAUUGCACAUGUGUUGAUGACGUGCAAUCUCACCACUCCUCUUUUUACCCUAUUUAAGGGAAACAAAUUAAGUGGUGCGUUAUCUGUGAUAAAGAGCGGGGUGCCGGUCGAAACGCGUCCAGAUUUCGGGUCUCCUGUGCACUCAGGUGUGAACUAUGUUUUUUUAAUAUUGAAGUAAACUAAAGCUGGAAGUUUUUUCAUUCAAGUGCUGGAUCGACCCCUUCUUUUUCUUUGUGUUCAUUCCACAAAUCGUGUCCGUGCGGAUCCGUGCAGACGAAUAUAUAGGGAGUUCUACCUAAGCUAUCAACAUGGAUAGUCGUAAAACUCCGGAGGAGAUGUUACGCCAAAAUCAGAGCGCUCUAACCUGGGCCAUGGGAGAGUUGGACAAGGAGCGGCAGAAGCUGGAGCAGCAAGAGAAGAAAACUAUUGUGGACAUCAAGGAGAUGGCUAAACAGGGACAGAUGGACACCGUGAAGGUUAUGGCCAAAGACUUGGUGCGGACUCGACGCUACGUGAAGAAGUUUAUCACGAUGCGAGCGAAAAUCCAGGCCGUUUCUAGCAAAAUCCAAACUCUGAAGUCUAACGACUCGAUGGCUCAGGAGAUGAAAGGAGUAACCAAAGCCAUGGCCACGAUGAACAGACAGCUCCAGCUUCCCCAGAUCCAAAACAUAAUGACAGAGUUUGAGAAGCAAGCCGAAAUUGUGGACAUGAAGGAGGAGAUGAUGAAUGACGCCAUUGAUGAUGCCAUGGGCGAUGAAGGCGAUGAAGAAGAGAGUGAUGCAGUCGUUUCCCAGGUCCUGGAUGAGUUGGGUGUAACACUGACGGAUGAGCUGUCCAACCUCCCUUGA